CGGUCAGCUCAAAGAUGGAUGGAGAUGAAGGACUGAGCGGCCGUAGUUUCUUUCAAAAGUUUGACAUUUACGAUCUAACAACUGUAUAGAGUCUCAAAAAAUCGUCUUUUCUGAUGCCCACGAAACGGAAGUCGAGUUUGGAUCGAUGGAGUGUUAUGUGAAGUGAAGAUUGAAGACGUGAUAGAAGAUGGACGACUACUGCUAUGCUAAGAUGGCGACGUCAUGUAAAACACCAACGGAGAUAAAGACGAAAGAUGAAGACGUCCAGCAGCUGAUUGGUCAUCCAGAAGAAAUGUCCCCUCCAUCAGGGGGGAGCUCCACCUUUAAGCAGGAGAUAUCACAACCCCCGCACUUUAAAGAAGAAGAGGAAGAACACUGGACCACCCAGGAAGGAGAGUUCCUUCUAAGGCCGGAGGAAGCUGAUUUCACCAAGUUACCUCUGACUAUUGUCGCUGUAAAGACUGAAGAUGACGAAGAAAAACGACAAGCAGACGACCUCUUAGCUCCACUAUCAGAUAGUGAGGCUGAAGACAAAGUUGAAGUGCCUUUAAGCAGCGAUACAGACUGUGAUGGUGAUAUCAGGACUCACAUGGACAACAAACACUCACAAUGCUCUAAAAACUAUCUGAGCUGCUCGGUUUGUCCUAAAAGCUUUACCAAAAAGAGCAAUUUGACGAGACACAUGACAACACACACCGGAGAAAAACCAUUUAUUUGUUCAGUUUGUGGUAAAAGCUUUUCUCUGAAGAGCGGUUUGACCAGACACAGCAAGACGCAUACAGAAGAAAAACCAUGUAGGUGUUCAGUUUGCGGCAAAAGCUUUUCUGUGAAGAGCAGUUUGACUCAACACAUGAGAAUACACACGGGGGAAAAACCAUUUAAUUGCUCAGUUUGCGGUCAAAGCUUCAAUCAAAAGGGCAGUUUGACUCAACACACGAGGACACACACAGGAGAAAAGCCAUUUGUUUGCUCAGUUUGUGGUAAAAGCUUCUUUUCCAGACCAGGUUUGACUCAACACAUAAUGAAACACACUGGACAGAAAUCAUUUCUUUGCUCAAUUUGUGGCACAGGUUUUUCUCUAAAGGGCCAUUUGACUCAGCACAUGAGAAAGCACACGGGAGAAAAACCGUUUAGUUGUUUAGUUUGUGGUAAAAGCUUUUCUCAAAAGUUCAACUUGACCGAACACAGCAGAACGCACACUAGAGUCAAAUCCUGUUGUUCGGUUUGUGGUAAAAGCUUUCUUUCGAGACCUGGUUUGAUUCGACACGCGACGACACACACUGGAGGAAAGGCAUUUAGUUGUUCAGUUUGCGGUAAAAGAUUCACGCACAACUCAGCCAUGGCAAGGCACUUAAUAACACACACGGGAGAAAAAGCUUUCAGUUGUUCGGUUUGUGCGAAAAGCUAUACUCAACGCAGCCAUUUGUCUCAUCACAUGAGAACACACACGGGAGAAAAAACAGUCAGCUGUUAAGUUUGUAUGCAUUUACUGGGUCAUCAGAUUGUAUAAUAGUGUACAGAGUGUAAUUUGCUUAUUCCACCAAAAAUAAUAAAUUCCACGAACUUUUUCAUCGAUUACGGCAUUCAA